AUGCAUCUCAUGUACACUCUCGACACCGCUGGCAAGCGUGUUUACACCUUGAAGAAGGUCCUGAACGGCGAGGUCACCAAGUCUGCCCACCCCGCUCGCUUCUCUCCCGAUGACAAGUACUCUCGUCACCGUGUCACCCUGAAGAAGCGUUACAACCUUCUCCUCACCCAGCAGGCCGAGACCCCCGUUAAGGCUUAAAUGGAUCGACACUGGGAAAAAUGAAUUACCGGGUGGCAUAGCCCAUGUUUUGGCGAAUGGUGUUUUUCUUGCGGUCAACGGAUGGCUGAGAUGUCCAUACUUGUUUUGCUGUCUUCGGAUAAUCUAUUCGGGUUUCACCUAGACAUUCUAGAGAAUACGAUACCUGAUCUAGGAAAUCAACAAG